UCAAACGAACCGUCAACUUCCAAGAAUGAACAAGAACCACAAACACAGCCUUGAAAUGAAAAUACAAAGCCACGCAUAACACAUACGCUUUCAGCUUAUUCAACCAUCACUACCAUCACCACCACUUCCCUUGACACCACUUGAUUUCUUGCGUUGAUUGAUUCAGGUCCUAAAAGAUGGCCACAGUCACAACGCAAGCUUCGGCUGUAGUUUUCCGGCCAUCAUGUGCCGCAAAAUCCAGGUUCCUUACCGGGUCUUCAGGUAAAUUGCAUAGAGAGUUGGCCAUUAAACCAAUGGCUUCCUCAUCCUCUACAGCUUCUUUCAAAGUAGAAGCCAAGAAAGGUGAAUGGCUGCCGGGCUUAGCCUCACCAGGUUACCUUGAUGGCAGUCUUCCUGGUGACAAUGGGUUUGAUCCUCUGGGACUUGCUGAGGACCCUGAGAACCUGAGAUGGUAUGUUCAAGCCGAGCUUGUCAAUGGUCGCUGGGCGAUGUUGGGUGUUGUAGGAAUGCUACUUCCAGAGGUUUUUACAACGAUUGGUAUUAUCAAUGUCCCAAAGUGGUAUGAUGCUGGGAAAGCUGAAUACUUUGCAUCCUCAUCGACCCUCUUCGUGAUCGAGUUCAUUUUGUUCCAUUAUGUUGAGAUCAGAAGGUGGCAAGACAUUAAGAACCCAGGAAGUGUCAACCAGGACCCCAUCUUUAAGCAAUAUAGUUUGCCCCCAAAUGAGGUGGGAUACCCAGGAGGCAUUUUUAACCCACUUAACUUUGCACCCACUCUUGAGGCCAAGGAGAAGGAGAUUGCAAAUGGGAGGUUGGCAAUGUUGGCAUUUUUGGGAUUUGUGGUUCAGCACAAUAUUACUGGAAAAGGACCAUUUGACAAUCUGUUGCAGCACCUCUCUGACCCAUGGCACAACACCAUCAUCCAGACACUAAGCGGCAACUAAGUUCAUCAGAAAUGACGUGAUGACCUGUUUCAUUUAUUCUGUAACAAUGGGGGACACGGUUUUUGAGUGAGAUGUGGCAUCAGUGUGAACAAUGUAUCCAUGUACAGGGGAACUGAAUGGCAUUAAUAUCUACAUGCAGAUUACAUCUA